UUUUAUAUUUAUCUUUCGUUGCCAAUCAGUCAUUGUCAGUGUAUUUAAAAAUUGUCAGAAGUAAAUUUAAUUUAAUGUAAAUAUUUUACUGUUGCUCUGAAUAUUAGCGUUUAUCCAUUGUUUAUAAAGUGAUACUGCGUAUUUUAAUAAUAGGCUUAUCAUCCAUAUACCAUUUUCAUAACUUAUUAAAGAGCAAAGUUCGAAAACAAUUACAACGAAAUAAACAGAAUGGCAACGCGCAAGAAGUCUCUGCUGAAAGUGAUCAUUCUAGGAGAUAGUAGCGUCGGAAAGACGUCACUCAUGAAUCAAUAUAUAAAUAAACGAUUCUCUAAUCAGUACAAAGCAACGAUCGGAGCUGAUUUCUGUACAAAGGAAGUCAUAGCCGACGACCGAGUAGUCACAAUGCAAAUUUGGGAUACUGCUGGACAAGAACGUUUUCAAUCUCUGGGUGUGGCUUUUUAUCGUGGCGCUGACUGUUGCGUACUUGUAUACGACGUCACUUCACCAAACUCAUUCAAAAAUCUAGAUUCAUGGCGUGAUGAGUUUUUGAUACAGGCUAGUCCAAGAGACCCGGAUCAUUUUCCAUUCGUGGUGCUUGGCAAUAAAGUUGACAUGGAUAAUCGACAGGUAUCUACUCGUCGAGCUCAACAAUGGUGUCAAUCUAAAAAUGAUAUGCCAUAUUUUGAAACAUCAGCGAAGGAUGGCACUAAUGUAGAAUUGGCAUUCCAGACAAUUGCCAGAAAUGCGCUUGCUCAGGAAGCCGAGGUUGAACUAUACAAUGAGUUUCCUGAUCAAAUCCGCCUUAACACAGAUCGUAACAAUCGCAAUGGUAACACUGAUAACUGUCAAUGCUAAUGUAAUUUUGCUGGCUUUAGCAGAUGGAUUGUAUUGAAAUGAGCGUAAAUAAAAAUACAUACAUAUAUAUAUAAAUAUUCAUAACGCGAUCGUUGUUAUAAUACCAAUCAACAAAUGACAGACGUGAACAAAGAUACAAUUGGUUUAGAACAAAAAGCGAAAAUAUUAAAAAAAAAGAAAUAAAUAUAUUUGCAUAGAUUUGCAACUAAACAUAAUUUAAAUAUACAUUAAAAUAUAAAUAUUACUAUAAUACUACACACAAUUAUACAUAUAUGAUAAAAAAUGCGAUAUAUAAUUCAAAAGGGUUAUACAUUAAGUAAAACAAUUUUCAAGAAAAAUAAAUUAAAAUUAAAAAACGAAAUCUUUGCCGUCGUACUAAAAGGAAAACCAUUUUCAGCUACAAAUUUCGCCAAACAGAAGAAAGUGAAGUUAACCUUAACUAUUUGUAUGGAAUUAUCGCUGUUUCCAUUACAUUAUACGCGCUAAACGUCGGCAUUCGUUUCAACGUUUUAAAUUGCAAUAUAUGUACAACUCAUUUCUAAUGUAAAAUAAAGUAUUUUAGGUAAAUUAA